AUGUCACUUGAAAACUAUGGACUGAAAGCACUUCUGCCUUUGAUAAGGCAAGAGGACCAGUCUUCAGAGUACGAUUCCUCAAUGACCCUAGGCAUAGAUUUGUCCCCGGUACUGCACUCCUUGGGGAUACAUCCUAAUAGCGUGUAUAGGAGGAAAGUUCUCGACACAUUCCAAUCGCCCUGGGUAGAAACAUCGCGAAGUGAGGUCGAGCCAAGGUUUUUCACUCCUGACUCUUUCAAAAACAUUCCCAACGUAUUACAAGCGGGUGACCAACCACCCAGCUUUAACUCCGUGCAACAAGACCAUGCAAAGAUAGCACUAUUUCAAGACGAGACGCUGUUCUAUUUAUUCUACAAGCAUCCAGGGACAGUAGCGCAGGAGUUGACGUAUCUUGAACUGAGAAAGAGGAAUUGGAGAUAUCACAAAACUCUCAAAGUAUGGCUGACGAAGGAUCCCAUGAUGGAGCCUAUCGUUGCCCAAGACGGUGCAAGUGAAAGAGGGUCCUACGUAUUUUUCGACCCACAACGUUGGGAGAAAUGUCAACGGGAUUUUGUAUUAUUCUACAAUGCGAUAAUGUAA